AUGGAGCACUCAAACACAUCCCACUUCAAGCUCUCAGCAACUUCGUGCGGCACCUGCACCGUUCACUUCGACAACCCCGACACCCGCCGCGCCCACUCAAAAAGCCAAUGGCACGUCACGAACCUCAAACGCCGCAUGACCGAUCUCGAGCCCCUCACAGCGGAGCAGCACGCGGCCUCUGUCUCCACACAACCGGCCGCCGCUCUGGGCAAGGCCGGCCCCACAACGGAGUCCGACUCUUCUUCAUCGUCUGCCUCUGAGGCCGAUCUGAGCGAUGCCGAAGACGAUGAUGAUGACUUCAUCCUGGAAGAGUGCUUAUUCUGCAACACCACCUCAGACUCUCUUGACGGUAAUGUCGCGCAUAUGCACAGAGCGCACGGGAUGUUUAUCCCAGAUAAGGAAAAGCUCAUCGUCGACGUUGAGACGCUGGUCAAGUACCUCCACCUCGUCGUAUCCGGGUACCGCGAGUGUCUGCAGUGCGGCACGCAACGACGGACGGCUGCUGCGGUACAGCAGCAUAUGCUGGGAAAGGGACAUUGCCGAUUUGACGUCACGGCGGAGGAUUCUGAGUUUAGGGACUUCUACGAGCAACCUUCAAAGGAUGGGGAGAACACAAGAGAAGAGGGCGAGGCUAGGAAAGCUGUUGCGGAUGCCUUAGAAGAAGGCGGCUCGAUCCGUUUACCUUCUGGGAAACAGCUAUCCCACCGCUCUGCGCCGAGGCCAUCGAGGCCUCGCACCAAGAUUGCAAGCUUCCAACUCACAGCGCCAUCUGGACUAGGAGGCAGAUUCGACACAAAGGCUCUGACGCGCGCCGAGAAGCGCGAUGUGGUCUCUGAGACGCAGCUUUCCCGUUUGAGCAUCAACGAUCGCUCUGCGCUCGCACACUUAUCUUCCGCUGAGCAGCGGAGCGUCUUACUGACGCGUCAGAAACAAUUGGAUAAGGCAGAGAAGGCCGCCAGGAGGCUACAGACGAGGUUGGAGAUGAAAGCGAAUAAGACUGGGCAGGGAAACUUUGUCAAUGAUGUUCCUGGGCGGAAGAACGGCUAG